CAUACGGCUUCAUGAACGGCCAUUUACGCCGCCGCACUAUUGGUCCCAACUUACAAUACCCUGGCCCAGCUGCUAGAGAAACUAUGGCUUCGAGCAACUAAAUGCUUGCGAUUUUGACUAGACUUUAACGUCAGCCUCCGAUUCCACGACUUCUCCUCUUGGACACCAGCCUUUCACAGGCGGCCGAACAAGACUAUUGUUCUACAUUCCCAUUGCGGCCUUUAAUUUAUAUUAUUGAAUGAGACGUGUUAUAUUUUUUCUUGGAUGAGUGAGUGAGAAUUACAGGGGAAGAAUGGCCUUCGCGAUUGAUGAUGAUGAUAGAGCGUCCGGAGCCAGCUCGGAUAACGACCAAGAUGAAUUGAUGGAGGAUAUUGGGUCGCCUGCGAUUGACGACAUGGAGGCGGAUGUAGAUGGCGACGGGGAUGCGCUAGGCGAACAGGAAGACGAGGACGAGGACGACGAUAAUGAUGAUGAUGAUCAAGAAGAGACGCAAGACCAACGCCAGGAAUCACCAAAGUUACUGCAAUCGCAGCCGGAACAAGCCAGCCUUCCCAAUACAGACGAGAGCUCAGACGACCUACCCAAUGGACAAUUAUAUACAAACGGGGCAACAGACCCAACUUCACAUGUGCGGUCAAGUGAGAUCCCGGCCACUGGUUCUCCGAGGCGGACAUCGAUACCGCCGUUACCAAACCUACGCCCGUCUAUCCGCCCUGAAGCGCUCACAGCAUCUCUCUAUGACAUUGUCCCAACAAUGGCAGCCCCACAAGCCACCUCGAUCAACGCGAUUACGGCCACUCCGGAUAUGCGCUAUUGGUUUAGUGGAGGUUCUGACUGCUACGUUAGGAAAUAUGAUGGGGCUGCCACUGUCAACGGGAAGACGCUUUUGACAGUCGCACAGCGUCACCCGUUUGUGGACACAGUGACAAAGGCAGGCGUACUCAUGAGCUAUUGGGAGAACGAAGAGCCUAUCUCGAAACCAGGCGACGAACCAGCAUUGUCACCAGUAUACUCUCUGGCCGUCCAAUCAGAAGCUCUCUGGCUGCUGUCUGGCCUCGAAUCGGGGUGCAUUAAUCUGCAGUCUGUGCGGCAUGACGAGGGAAAGAGAAUAGCAUUCCUCCAGAAGCACACGUCUGCCGUAUCGGUAUUAAGUCUUUCGUCGGACGAGAAAUCUGUUCUAUCGGGAAGCUGGGAUAAGAAUAUCUUGGACUGGGACCUGAAUACAGGGCAAGCCAGGCGAGCUUUUACUGGGAGCGGCGGUCAAAUCUCAGCAAUCGAAAUCCGCCCUGCAUCCAGUCUGCCAGUUCCCGAAGAGUCUGGCGAGCCUGUUGCAUUCAGUUCAACAUUCUCCAGUAACAAUGCCGAUAAGCCCACAACAAACGGUUUCAUACCAAAUGGCGUGGUUACGAAUGGAGCUACCAUUGCCAUUGAUGGCCAAGGGGACGCGGCUGGUUCGCCGGUUGAGACGAACUCACUCUUUGGCGAUACGGAUUCAUUAUUCGGUGAUGGUGACGCAGGUGGUGCGCCGUCGGGAGGAAACUUUGCAGCAGACGACGAUGAUGAGUUUAGCAAGGCCAUUGGAGGUAUUGACCAGCAGGAUCAACAUGAUCAACUUGUCAGUCAAGCUGGUACGGCGAUGGAAGACGCGGCAAGACCUGGAGGAGACCAAAGUUCAGUGCCACCUCCCCCAGCUGAGGCUGAACCGGAGUCGUUUGCUAUAGAACCGCUAAAAGAAGAGCAACCUGCCAGCCCUCGUCAACUUACCAAUGGUCUGCCACAUGCGGAAGAACUAGUCGAAGCUGCAGAAACCUCUGAAGCCGUGCCAUCAACCCAGGAUGCUGUUGCCACAUCGGAUUCAACUUUUCUGGCUGCUGCCAUCGACGGCACUCUACGGGUUUGGGAUCGACGAAUGCCAAACCCAGUUGCGAAGAUCCCGAACAGACAAGGUGUGCCACCAUGGUGCAUGGCUGCAUGCUGGAGUCCAGAUGGGAAUUAUAUAUACGCAGGAAGGAGAAACGGGACAGUGGAAGAGUUUAGCUUACACAAAGGCCUCAAAGGCCCGGAAAGGACAUUCAAGUUUCCCGCUGGUAGUGGAGCUGUUAGUGCCGUUAGAGCGAUGCCUAAUGGAAGGCAUCUGAUAUGCGCGUCUCAUGAUAUUUUGAGAUUGUACGACUUAAAGCAAACAGAAGCGGUCAAGCAUUCUACAGUUCCGUUCCUAAUUGUUCCUGGGCCCCCAAGGGCAGGCGUUAUUAGCGCACUGCACAUAGACCCUACAUGUAGGUAUAUGCUGUCUACCGCUGGAAACAGAGGGUGGGACGGGAGUUCUACGGAGGUGUUAAUAGGCUACGAAAUCGGCAUUGUCCGUUGAUCUUCUGACGUCGGAAUUGUUUGGUUGUCAACAGGCCCUAAGCUCUUCUGAGGAAGAUCGUGGACAUUGAAGAGGGCAUUACCGCGCGGGAGUUAUUCGAAAAAGGGGGGCAUGAUGGAGUAGGGGUAUGCAUCUGCGGCAUUUUGAGCGGUCAUCGUACGGUCCAAUAGUCAACUGGCUACCUUGGGAGGCUGUUGAUGGUGUUAAGUGCGUUCGAGUAGUCCCCAGGAACAUCUGGGGACCUGGGUUGCUGCUUAUUUUUGGCCUUGGCCCCAGUCAUGUUCAUACUACGGGGUAGAGUUAAAUAUAUCUGAACAUAGAGGCACGAUUGGGGAGAGAGUAAUUAGUCAGUUGUGUAUAAGUAGGAUACCCAGAACGUCACAGUACGUUCUUAUAUUACCCAUGUUCAUGAGAG